AUGGAGCGACUGUUUGAUGCAGUGGAGCUUAGUAAAUAUAACGGUGAAAACGGCAUGCCCAUUUACAUUUCCGUCAUGGGCGUCGUCUACGACUGUUCCACUGCAACCGAAUUUUACGGCACCGGUGCCUCCUACCACGUGUUUGCCGGCAAAGACGUGUCACGCUGUCUUGCGAAGAUGUUGAUCAGCGAUGAGGAGGCGAACGCCAGUUGGAGCAACCUUGCGGAGGAGCACCGUCAGUCUCUUGAUGAAUGGUCGGCGAAGUAUCAGGAGAAGUACCCGGUUGUUGGUCGCUUUCUCUUGGAUGAUCUCUUCGAGAAGCGAGGGGCGGCGAUGGAGCCUUGA